AUGACGACGGUCAAGGGAAGCCCGGUCACGUCCCUUCAGGAGAGCACCAGCAGUGCUGCUGCGGGAUCGAGUCCGACUGUGAACGGCGUUGGCUCUGUCGGCGGCUCGAGCCCAGCAGUCCCUUCGAGUCCAUCUCGGCCAUCCCCUUCGGCGGCGGAGGGUAGCAUAUCGACGACGGCGCCUGCAAGCUCCUCCGUUCCUCCGACAGUAGGAGCCUCUCCCGGCACCUGGACGGGCGUUCCCCCGGUUAUUCCCAAUACGUACCCGCCGUCUCCUCUGCCGUCACGGCCAUCUGAGCUCGUCGUGGCAACCUCCGCUCCCCGGACCUCAACCGCGAGCACAGCCGAUGGUGGCGUGGUCGGCGGCGGCAGUGGCAGCAGCACAAGUCCCUCUUCGCCAAGGGGCACGCCAAACACGACGUCUCCCACAAGCGACCAAGAGACAAGCUCGCCCGGCUCGGAACUGUCAGCAGGAGCCAAGGCCGGCAUCGGCGUCUCCAUAGCCGUGGCCUGCCUGGGCAUCAUAUCGGCCGUGUUUUACUUUGGCUGGCGAAGACGCCGGGACGAGAGAAACCCUGGCUUGGGCGAGGAUACCGUCUCGUGGCUGCGGCACGCGGGCGAGAAGCACCGCACGCUGCAGGCGAUUCCGGCAUUUGGGCCGACGAGGAAGGUUGGGGGCGGCGACCGUGACGGCUCUGGUGCUGGCGGCUUGGCCAUGAGUCUCGAACCCUCGAGCCACUUGACCUACUUGUCGCUCGGGUCGGAGCCGAGCCCUGGGGAUGACAUGAGCGGCAUCGGGAUGGCUUUGUCGUCGGACAUUUACGACGCGUUGGACUCGCCGACACUGGUUGCCGAGGGGGGUUCAGAGACGCCGCUGCGAGACGGCGACUUGGAUAGUCCUGUGAUGCCGCGCUUUAUGGUGCCACACGGGGACUCGCCCGCAUAG